CCGUGCUUCUCUUGCAGAGGACUGGAGUGCAGGUUCCUGCACACACGUCAGGCAGCUCUAAAUGGUCUGUAACUCCAGCUCCAUGGAAUUCGACACCAAUCUAUAAAAACAGAAUGGAAGCCAGGCAUUGUGUCACAUGCCGUAACCCCAGCCAUUGGGAGAAGGAGGCAGGAGGACCAGAAGUUCAAGGUUAGCCUCAGAUAUAUAGCAAAUUCAAGGCCAGCCUAGACUGUGUGAGAUCUCUUGAAGCAAAACAGAAUGACCUAAAAUAACACCUUGGACAGAAACCAGUCCCACCAACCAACGGAGACUGUGAAGAUUGAUUUAAGAAGGGAAGAAGGACCCUGCCACUUAGGACCCAGCCUCCUCAGUGCUGCAGGUUGGGGGUCCUGUUUUGGGGCAGCCCUUCAUCUGACUCCUUGAAGUAGCUUUCUAUGUGAAGCUAAACUUGUAGAGGAUCGGCACCAUGCCUCCGCGACCGUCAUCAGGAGAACUGUGGGGCAUCCACUUGAUGCCCCCACGAAUCCUAGUGGAGUGUUUACUCCCAAACGGAAUGAUAGUGACUUUGGAGUGCCUCCGUGAGGCUAUGCUAGUCACCAUCAAGCACGAACUGUUUCAGGAAGCCAGGAAAUACCCUCUCCACCAGCUUCUGCAGGAUGAGUCUUCUUACAUUUUCGUAAGUGUUACCCAGGAAGCAGAAAGGGAAGAAUUUUUUGAUGAAACAAGACGCCUUUGUGACCUUCGGCUUUUUCAACCCUUUUUAAAAGUAAUUGAACCAGUAGGCAACCGUGAAGAAAAGAUCCUCAAUCGAGAAAUCGGUUUUGUUAUUGGCAUGCCAGUGUGUGAAUUUGAUAUGGUUAAAGAUCCGGAAGUCCAAGACUUCCGACGGAACAUUCUGAGUGUGUGCAAAGAAGCCGUGGACCUGCGGGAUCUGAACUCCCCUCACAGCAGAGCAAUGUAUGUCUACCCUCCCAAUGUGGAGUCUUCCCCAGAGCUGCCAAAGCACAUUUACAACAAGUUAGAUAAAGGACAAAUCAUAGUAGUGAUUUGGGUCAUAGUCUCUCCAAAUAACGACAAGCAGAAAUACACUCUGAAGAUCAACCAUGACUGUGUGCCAGAGCAAGUCAUCGCUGAAGCAAUCAGGAAGAAAACCCGCAGUAUGCUGCUGUCCUCGGAGCAGCUGAAGCUCUGCGUCCUGGAGUACCAGGGCAAGUACAUCUUGAAGGUGUGUGGCUGCGAUGAGUACUUCUUGGAGAAGUACCCUCUGAGCCAGUAUAAGUACAUAAGAAGCUGUAUAAUGCUGGGAAGGAUGCCCAACUUGAUGCUGAUGGCCAAGGAAAGCCUUUAUUCCCAGCUGCCAACCGACAGCUUCACCAUGCCAUCCUACUCUAGGCGCAUCUCCACAGCCACGCCCUACAUGAAUGGAGAGACACCUACCAAGUCCCUCUGGGUUAUAAAUAGCGUGCUCAGAAUCAAAAUUCUUUGUGCAACCUAUGUAAAUGUAAAUAUUCGAGACAUUGAUAAGAUCUAUGUUCGAACAGGUAUCUACCAUGGAGGAGAGCCCUUAUGUGACAAUGUGAACACUCAAAGAGUACCUUGUUCAAAUCCUAGGUGGAACGAGUGGCUGAAUUACGACAUACACAUUCCCGACCUUCCUCGGGCUGCUCGACUUUGUGUUUCUAUUUGCUCUGUUAAAGGCCGGAAGGGCGCGAAGGAGGAGCACUGCCCACUGGCCUGGGGGAACAUAAACUUGUUUGAUUACACAGACACCCUGGUAUCCGGGAAAAUGGCUUUGAACCUCUGGCCGGUGCCACAUGGUCUGGAAGAUCUGCUGAACCCUAUUGGUGUCACAGGGUCAAAUCCAAAUAAGGAAACUCCAUGCUUAGAGUUGGAGUUUGACUGGUUCAGCAGUGUGGUGAAGUUUCCAGAUAUGUCGGUGAUUGAAGAGCACGCCAAUUGGUCUGUGUCUCGAGAAGCUGGAUUCAGUUACUCCCACGCAGGACUGAGUAAUAGACUAGCUAGAGACAACGAGCUCAGAGAAAAUGACAAAGAGCAGCUCCGGGCACUCUGUACCCGAGACCCUCUGUCGGAAAUCACUGAGCAGGAGAAGGACUUCCUGUGGAGCCACAGACACUAUUGUGUAACUAUUCCUGAAAUCCUACCCAAACUGCUUCUGUCUGUUAAGUGGAAUUCCAGAGAUGAAGUGGCCCAGAUGUACUGCUUAGUGAAAGACUGGCCUCCAAUCAAACCAGAGCAGGCCAUGGAGCUUCUAGACUGUAAUUAUCCAGAUCCUAUGGUUCGGAGUUUUGCCGUUCGGUGCUUGGAAAAAUACUUAACAGACGACAAGCUUUCUCAGUACCUAAUCCAGCUUGUACAGGUCCUAAAAUAUGAACAGUAUUUGGAUAACCUCCUCGUGAGAUUUUUGCUCAAGAAAGCAUUGACAAAUCAAAGGAUCGGCCACUUUUUCUUUUGGCAUUUAAAGUCUGAAAUGCACAACAAGACAGUCAGUCAGAGGUUCGGCCUGCUGCUGGAGUCUUACUGCCGUGCCUGUGGGAUGUAUCUGAAGCACUUGAACAGACAGGUGGAGGCCAUGGAGAAGCUCAUCAACCUGACAGACAUCCUGAAGCAGGAGAAGAAGGAUGAGACGCAGAAGGUGCAGAUGAAGUUUUUAGUUGAACAGAUGAGGCAGCCAGAUUUCAUGGAUGCCUUGCAGGGCUUUCUGUCCCCUCUAAACCCUGCUCACCAACUAGGGAACCUCAGGCUUGAAGAGUGUCGGAUCAUGUCCUCUGCAAAAAGACCACUGUGGCUGAACUGGGAGAACCCAGACAUCAUGUCGGAGCUGCUGUUCCAGAACAAUGAGAUCAUCUUCAAAAAUGGCGAUGAUCUGCGGCAAGACAUGCUGACUCUUCAGAUCAUCCGCAUCAUGGAGAACAUCUGGCAGAACCAGGGCCUCGACCUUCGAAUGCUUCCUUAUGGCUGUCUGUCGAUUGGGGACUGUGUGGGGCUCAUUGAGGUGGUGAGGAAUUCUCAUACCAUCAUGCAGAUCCAGUGCAAAGGAGGCCUGAAGGGGGCUCUGCAGUUCAACAGCCACACGCUGCAUCAGUGGCUCAAGGACAAGAACAAGGGCGAGAUAUACGAUGCAGCCAUUGACCUGUUCACACGCUCAUGCGCUGGGUACUGCGUGGCCACAUUCAUCCUGGGGAUAGGAGAUCGACAUAACAGCAACAUCAUGGUGAAAGACGAUGGGCAGCUGUUUCAUAUAGAUUUUGGGCACUUUCUGGAUCACAAGAAGAAGAAAUUUGGUUAUAAACGGGAACGUGUGCCAUUUGUUUUGACACAAGAUUUUUUAAUAGUGAUUAGUAAAGGAGCCCAAGAAUACACAAAGACCAGAGAGUUUGAGAGGUUUCAGGAGAUGUGUUACAAGGCUUACCUAGCUAUCCGGCAGCAUGCCAAUCUCUUCAUCAACCUGUUCUCCAUGAUGCUCGGCUCCGGGAUGCCCGAACUGCAGUCCUUUGAUGACAUUGCGUAUAUUCGGAAGACUCUCGCCUUGGAUAAAACUGAGCAAGAGGCUUUGGAAUACUUCACAAAACAAAUGAAUGAUGCACAUCAUGGCGGCUGGACGACAAAAAUGGAUUGGAUCUUCCACACUAUCAAGCAGCACGCUUUGAACUGAGGGGGAGCUGGGAACUGCACUCAGGUGCCCGGCUUCCCCACCACACAGUAGCGAGCGCGGCAGCAGGCAGAUAGUGCCCAGGGAUGGCACAGGCCAGGAACAGCAUUACAAGCAGAAUGCUCUAUAAUUUAAGUACUGCAAAUGCAAACAGGGUUUGAUAGCACUAAACUAGUUCAUUUCAAAAUUGAGCUUUAGAAUAAUGCGCAAUUUCAUGUUAUGCCUUAAGUCCAAAAAAAGGUUAACUUUCAAGGUUGUUUGUAUCUUUUUUUAAAAAAAAAAACAAAAAAAACAAAAAUCCCCAAAAUACAUACAAAUGAUGGAGAUGAAAAAAGAAUGACAUUCUAUUUGUCUGCCAAGGAUCUGUGUUUAACACGUGGACACAGCCCAGGCUGAGAGCAGCCUCAGGGCCAAGUCAGCUGGAGCUUAUGUUCCCUUACAGGAAACGGGAGGAGCGAGAAUUCUUAUUUUCCCAUUGAUUUUCAAACUUAAGGUUCAAAGUGGGUUUUUUGACUCCUUGUUUGAUGAAGAAAAACACUUGGGGUAGAAGGGACUCACUUUUUAUUUCCAAUAAAUCAGCCCUUUGGAUGGAUUUUGGGUCUUAUCUGCAGUUUUGGAAGGGGGCACAAGUGAGACCUGGGGCCGGGGGCAGUUUUGUUUUGUUGGGUUUUAGGGUUUUUGUUUUCUGGACAGUAUUUACAGAGAUCUGACCUAUUUCCUAGGGAAAUUCUGGGCUCCCGUCAAGUACAGUCAUCAUCAUAGAGGAAGGACAGACGCUCCUGCCCAGAGUUGUACAGUGCGCACUUCUAGUUGAUUGUUUCUCCUUUUGCAAUUGAAUUGAAUACAUUUUUUCAUGCAUGUUUUCCAGAAAAUAGAAGUAUUAAUGUUAUUAAAAAGAUUAUUUUUUUUUAUUAAAGGCUAUUUAUAUUAUAGAAACUAUCAUUAAUAUAUAUUCUUUAUUUACAUAAUCUGUCCCAUAGUCAUGCAUUGUUUUGCACCCCAAGUUUUUUGUUGUUGGUAACUGCAUGGCUAGCUCUUCUCUCGGUCUGUAGGUGAGGCUCGGGCACCAUUCCAUUCAUGCCAGUGCCCCGUGGGGCUAGUUAGGAAGCAGAUGGAACCACACCGCCUUCCUUUUCUGCUGUCCGUUAUCCCACAAUGCCCUCAUCUCCCGUCCGUCUUGUAGUCGGGAAUGGCAGUCAUAGAAGGCCAGUUACUAAAUGGAUGCUGUGUCGACUGCCAUCCUGACUCUUAAACCCUCUACAGAGGUCUGGACCUGAGUGACUCUGUACACUAUGGGAGACCGUAAGCCAUGAGCUUUUCCCUUCUUGGGCUGUGUAUCCACACCUCGGCGAUAAAAGUUAGACACAAAGCCAUUUUAAGAUCAUGUCCCAUUUCCUACUGGUCGGUCUUGCUCCACCAUCAUUAAAUCCCACUUGACACAGAACACAUUACUCAGCAUUCUGAAAAGCACUGAUGUAGGGGCUAGUGCUAGUACUGGUCACUCUAGGCGCUCUGCUGCGCAUUCAGAAUGAACGAUUGUUGUCCUAGGAAAUAGCUUCAGCGAAUGCUCAGAUGCCACACCAAAAAAAAGUGCAAUAAUUGACUGACAGCUUCUAGCUUAGGCACACUAUUGGAGAACCUCCUCAUAGAGUGUGCGCUCCGUCCUCUAGAAAAGCAGCAUCACUUUGAACAUGCUCAUCCGUGAGGUCAGAUACCCAUAGUAGAAGUUUUGAGUAGUGAACAGGGGACACUAAUAAAAAUACUCUUUAAUACCUGACUCUUUUAGAACCCUUAAAGGGAAUAAUUAUUGAAGAUUUAGGUCCUUCACUGAAGCAUGUAUAUAUUAUUGCCAACAAGAAAAAUCUGAAGAUUAGGGGAACUUAGUUCUGUAAACUGUUUUUGGAAUAGUUAAGCAGAAUUUAAACUCUGUUUUAAGCAGAAAACCAGAUAGAUUCUUUUGCAGAUAGAGAAAACUUCAUAACUUAUUUAAACUUUGCAAACUUUGCAUUUAACACUUUGUGUUACUUAGAUACACGCAGUUGCUAGACACUAACAUCCCAUUCUUUCCUGUAUCAGUAAAACUCAGUGACGUGGUUCAAAUCUGAAACUUUGAUGGGAAACUGAAGAGCUACAGAGAGCUGUGUUUUACCCAAGUGCCAAAAAGCCACAAGCCUCUUGGACAAAACUGAUAAGAGUUUUUGCAUUUUUUCACAUCAGCUCAGUUACCCCAGCCCCACCCCCACCCAGGAUCUGUCCACAGUUAAAACACAGCUAGCAGCUUAGUUUAUUUCAUCAAACACAACCACAUUAAUUUUGUUCAGAGAUACAGACUCUAUAUUCUGUAAAGAGAACUGAUUAAAAAGGUAGUGUUCAAAAAGGCAAAAGCCAAACGAGUUGGAAACGCCUGGGGGUGAUUGAGCUGUGCUUCAACUGAGUGGUGAUGUGGUCACCCCCGGGUGCUUCCAUGUUCAAACAUCACUUCCUGUAGACGCUAACUAUGAUGCCAGGACUUUACAACUUCACUAAGUCAGUUGAGGAUAGUCUGCCAGGCGUUGCUUCUGGAAGGAAAGCACUUCUAAAGAGAGAAGCCAAGUACACGGUAGCCAGAAAUAAUGUUUGAAAAAUUAUGCUUUAACUUUUUACCAUAGUCUCAGCUACAUAAAAACAUUUAUUUUGAAGGUUUUUGAACUGCUGUUAAUUUGAAAUCUUACUGUGGAGUUUGGUUUGUUUUUUUUCUGAGAUGUUUCUAAUUGGGUUUUUAAAAAGGAAAAUGGAAUCUGGUUGCUGUUUCCCAGUCGAACCUGUGCUGUUUGUGGUUCUUGGUGUCUUCUGUAAACCUCGCUGUCAGUCGUCCCCUUCGGGGCUGUCCCUUCUCAUCUGCUUUCUUUUACUGCCCGUCAGGAAAUGGGGACCGGGUGAAUAUGUAAUGAACUGUAAAAUAUUUUAAUGUGUAACUUUUUCAACUGUGAAAUUGACUAUUGGUUUUUUUCAUGAAAACAGCUGCUGAUAAAGUGUUUUGUGUAAAGUGUAGUUCUUACUAGUCAGGAAAUGGUGACUUGAUUACAUGUGUAUUCCCUCUUGGAUUUUAUUUUAAAUGGAUGGUGAU